AAGGAUUACACGUGGCAAUAAAAUUCCCCACGGGAAUAUCCUCGGUCAGUAUAAGAUUAUUGGUUUUCUUAUGCUGUUAAGAAAUGGUGGAAAAUUAAAUAGUUAAAUUGACCUCUAUAUAUUGUGUUUUUAUUGGAGAAACUUUUUUUACUCUUCCACAAUCCUUCAUUUUCUCUCUUUCUCAGUAGAAGUGAAAAUAUCUAAAACAAGUAAAGCAAUUAAUCAAAUCGAAGGAUGCAGUGAAAUUUACAAUCGCGGAAUAAAAAUGAAAACAACAAAACCAAUUGCUUGUCUUUGGUUUCUUAUAAUUUCUUCUUAUUCAGACAUAUCUUUAGCUUUACCUCGCCAGAUGAAGAGUUUUUCAGGUGGUAACCAGCGUACAACACUUGAAGGAAAUACACAACUCAACAUAAUUAUCAAACCAGGUGGCGGGAUAGGUGGUGGUGGUGGCGGUGGUGGAGUCAGCGGCGGUGGUAUAAUUCCUGGUAGUGGCACAAGCGGUAGUGGUAGCGGUAUUGGCAUAGGAACUGGUAGUACCGGUGUUAUUCAAGGAACUGGUGGCAGUGCAAAUGGUGGUCGAGGAGGUGUUAGUAGUGGUGGACGAGGCAAUGUCAGAGGGGGUACUCUCGAAGAAGCGGCUAAAGCUGCAGCCUUAGCUAAUCGUAAUAAUGCUAAUUACAAUCCCUUCAAAGGUGCCCAAAUACCUUUAUUUUCUACAAUGAUACUACAUAUAAUUAUCUGGUCGUUAGAAUUGACCUAAUUACGACUAGGUGAUAUGUAAUUAAGUAGCACAACAAUGUACAUUGUGUAUAUGAUAAUUACUAAUUUAGAAAAAAAAAUUAUUUUCUAGUUAAAAUGUGAAAGUUGAAGGUAAGCAUUUAACUAGGUAUAAAUUAAAAAAAAAAGAAAAAAAUAGGAAAAAAUAGAGUAGGCGCACGUAGAGAUAUAUGAAUUUAUGUGUCGUUGUUACUCUUUUUUACCGUUUAAUGAAGUAAUAGUGCAAUAGGAACACUAGAUUGUAAAGUCAAAUACUUUAUUGACUGUUAGUCCAGUUUAGUAAUUUUAUGUUAACUCUUUUUAUAUUUGGCGAACUAUAUAUUUACUUUUUAUUAAAAGUUA